ACCAAAACACUCUCCCUUGAUCUCUUUCUCUUAAUUAACUUUAAGAAAUUCCUUUCUCUUUUGAUUAAUUUCGAUUCUUAGCUAAAUUAUUCAAGUGAUCAUGGGUUUCAUAGCCAAGGAAUUGGAGAUCACCUCCCCUGUCCCCGCGGCUAAGAUCUUCAAGGCCUUCGUUCUUGAUGCCGACGAGCUAUUCCCAAAGAUUGUCCCACAGGCCUUCAAGAGUGUUGAAAUCAUCGAGGGCGAUGGCGGGCCUGGGUCCAUCAAGAAGAUCAUCUUCGGCGAAGCCGAACAAUUCAAGCAUGCAAAGCACAAGGUCGAUGUCCUCGACAAGGAGAAGUUUGUUUACCACUACAGCUGGAUUGAGGGGGAUGCUCUGAUGCACGUGUUCGAGAAAAUCUCGUACGAGAUCAAGGUUGAGUCAGCUCACCACGGAGGAUCUGUGACCAAGAUUACCACCAAGUUCUUCACCAUUGGUGACGUUCACCUCGAUGAGGAGCAGCUCAACAGUGGCAAAGAGAAGGUUAUCGGUCUCUUCAAGGCCGUUGAGGGCUACGUCUUGGCCAACCCGGAAUAUGCUUAAAUACUAAUCACGAAAAUUUUAAGUAACUAAAUGGGAUAAUAAUUACAAAAGUAACGGAAAAAACAUGCUUAAUUAGUAUUUGAUGUGUCCUAUAAGCUAUGUUGGCCUUGCCUGCUUGCCUGCAAGAUUUCUUGAGAUGAUCUGUGUUUGUGUUUUGGAAAUUUUCAUGUAUGGUUAUGAAUAAUUUCAAUGGAAAAUGUUCUUCUUCUCUUUAUUA